AUGGCGCGUCGAACAACAAAUCGGAAACAACAAGGAAAUGUUCUAAAGCAAGCAUGGGGCUGGGCUGAUUACACUGAACCAGAAAAUGUCAUCAAAGAUAACGUUGAGAGUGCCUAUAGAAUAAAUACUGCUGCUUGCUCUCAGGGAAAUUGCAGGAGGAACUGCAAAGCAAAUCCAAACUGUUUCAAUUGCCUUGGGGAAAGAUUUUGGCUCAGCGAAAUUAAAGAUAGUUACUGGUUAAAUUGUGAAGACCCUGAAAAUGAAAGACGACCAGAGAAUGCUUUUGUUGGGCUCAAGAACCUUGGAGCUACAUGUUAUGUCAAUACAUUUUUACAGGUUUGGUUUCAUAAUCCAGUAUUUCGAUCAGCUAUGUACAAGUACAUCUCUCCCAUGAGUGUAAGACAAGAAGGCAAGGUCUCUGUAAAUGGUUUGUCAACAUCAGAAGCUAUACAAAGCAGCCCAGAACACCCUGAGGUGACUAAUCAUAGCAGUCAUAAUGGUGAAACCUCAAAUAAACCUUCCAAAGAUUCUUCUGAAUUUAGUCAUGGCAGCAGUGAGAAUAGGGAAUCCCUGGAUAAAUCUCUUGGUGUGCGAACAACUCCCAGUAAGGUGUCCACUGUCCAGCAGGCUCCGUUACUUCCCUCUACAACCAUACUGGACUCCGAUGAAGCACCAACAACUGUUUGUGGACAUCUUCAGCUGUUGUUUGCUCAGUUGCAGUACAGUUUUCGAAGAUACAUUGAUCCAAGUCCAUUUGUUGACAGUUUAGGACUUGACACAGCACAACAGCAGGAUGCUCAAGAAUUUAGCAAGCUAUUUACUUCAUUACUUGAAGAAACUUUCUCAAAUCAGGCUGAGCCUGAGGUGCAGAAUAUUGUUCAGUCUCAGUUCAGAGGGGACUACUUCUAUGUCACAGAAUGUUUGAAGUGUGGAAACAAAUCCAAGAGGCUCUCUCGCUUUUAUGAACUGGACCUUAACAUCCAAGGCCACUCCUCAUUGAACCAGUGUAUCAAGGAGUUUUUAAAGGAAGAAAAGUUGGAUGGUGACAAUCAGUACUAUUGCACUCAGUGUAAUAGCAAACAGAAUGCAGCUCGUUACAUUGAACUAGACUCCCUUCCUCCUGUGCUCAAUUUGCAGCUGUUGAGAUUUGUCUUUGACAGGAAAACAGGAUACAAAAAGAAACUGAACUCAUUCAUUCAGUUUCCAGAUAAUCUUGAUAUGACAGAACAUGUCAAGAAUGGAGGCUUUGGGUCCAACCUUGAGUAUGAGCUGAGUGCAGUUUUGAUGCAUUUUGGAGUCAGUGCAUAUUCAGGGCAAUAUGUAGCUCACAUCAGAGACAAGAAGUCUGGGUCAUGGUACAAGUUUAAUGAUGAAGACAUUGUCAAGAUGCAAGGAAAGUUGAAGCUUUCUCAGGAUGAGGACUCAACAGACACCAGUCCCAAGCCUGCCAAAAGGCCAAAAUGUGCUCAAGGAUUUCAUGUGUCAAAAAAUGCGUACACUCUGGUGUACACUUUGAAAGGGCAUAAAGGUGCAGGUUUAUCGCUAUGCAACAUUGAAAUUGUCUUCCAGUGUGGAGGGAAGAGNCGUGAAAAGUCGAUUGCCAAAGGACAGCAAAGACAAGCUGAAAUAAAGAGACUUUAUUUUGAAAUGCCGAUAUCUUCAGAUGAAGAUUAUGAAUGGAUUUCUACCAAAUGGCUGAAGGACUGGAUGAAUGAAAAAACUGAGACACCGCCAGUGGACAACUCCUCUUUGCUCUGUUCUCAUGGAAAACUUCAUCCAAAUCAAGUGCUUAAUGCCAAGAGGAUCAACGUCAAAGCUGCUGAUGAAAUAUUCAGAAAUUACGGUGGUCUGCCCAGACUUCAAAGUGAUUCUCUGUGUAUCAAAUGUGUAAAAGAGCAGUGUAGAAGAAUACGAUUCGAAACUCGGCUGACUGAUGACUACAAGUUUGUGUCAGAUGCUUUGAAGUCUCAGCAAUCCAACAGUGCAAAUUUUUUUUGGGUUGGUCGGCGCUCGCUUCUUCGAUGGAAAGCUUUGGCAAAUUGCGAAGAAGAGACACGACAAAGUUUGAUGGACAGCUGUCGAGUUACAGCCAAUCACGAAACAGAAGACGAUGACUACGAUAAGGCCAAAGAGAAUGAAACUAGUGAUGCAAGCAUGACAGAAGACGGGGGAAAACAACAGAAGUUGGACAGGGAUCUACAGCACACCGCUGAGGAGGAGGAGGAGGAGGAGGACGAAACAAAUUCUAAAUUUAAUGAAGAUUUGCUUUGUGAACACGGUGGUCUCUCCUCUGACGAAUCGUGUCGACGCCUUGUACCAGAUGUGGUGUGGCAGAGGUUGAAAUAUUACUUUCCUUCCUCGUCUGAAUUCCCAGCUGCUCAUUCAGCGUGCAGAGCUUGCCAGGCAGAUGAUGAAGAAGAGCGUCAGAAGAAUGAGCUUCACAAACUACUUGCUUCAGAGCAGAGAACUGCUAUGAGUCAAUUGUAUCUCGACAGGAACCGGCCGUCGUUUGAUAACUGCGAUUCGUUCGUUGCCUGUGCGGUAUCAAAAGAUUUUAUCGAUCGAUGGAGGCAGUUCUUAAGGUACCCCAUAAGGAAUAUUCCGCCUGGAAGAAUUAUUAAUGCACCUUUGCUUUGCCCCCAUGAGAAGUUCCUCUUCAAUCCUGGCUGCGAAGAUGACGUGGAUGGUGCGAGCGAAAUGUUGCACUAUGUUUGGGAACACGAGUGGAACGCGCUCACUCAAACCUAUCAGCACGAUCACGUGAUCACCGUCAGGAAAACGGUGACUGAAGAAGAAGUGAGGGAACUGGCGACUAACCCUGAGUUGUGCACAGAUUGUUGCUUUGCGCGCAUACAGGAGAGAGCUCUGCACGUUGAAAACUAUCGCUAUGGCACAAUCUUCGUGCGCAAAAUCACGAAGGAUCACAGUGAGAAGGACGUUGAGCAAGUAUUAAACAGUAGUACUUCCAGCAAAGACGGUUAUUCUUUCGACCCAGAUUUCCAGUCUCCACCGGAUAGCAAGAAACAAAAACUUAACCGCGACCCCAAGGCACGAAGAAGUUCCAGGCAUCGUAAACAACGUGGAGAAGUCUCGCUCACUGUUGGAUCAUCUGAGACCUUACGGGAUGUCAAAGUACAGUUGAUGAAGAGUUUCUCGGUGAUGCCGAUAGACCAGCACCUCACCUUAAAUGGCAUCCCUCUCACUGACAAUGCAGCUACGCUCCGUUCAUUAGGAAUCAGACCUGGAUCUUUAUUACUACUGAAGGUCCGUAACAUGAGGAUACCCUAUGAUAGUUACAUGGCAUAUCAUCCUUAAGAUGAUCUUGGCAUUUUA